AUGAUUAAAAGUCGUAGCAUACCGAUUUCUAAUAUUCUACGCAAAUUUACUCAACGAUAUGCAUCAUCACAAGCUUUAGCCACUGAUUUAAAAAAUAUUGUGGGAAAUGAUAAUGUCGCAACUACUGCAAGUGUUCGAGAACAACAUAGUCAUGAUGAAUCAUAUCAUGCAGGUCAUGUACCUGAUGUUGUUGUUUUUGCACAAAGUACAGAUCAUGUUUCAAAAAUUGUUAAAUAUUGUGCAUCUAAACGUGUUCCUGUUAUACCAUUUGGUACUGGUACUGGAUUAGAAGGUGGUGUUACUGCUCCGAAAGGUGGUGUAUGUCUUGAUUUGAGUCGUAUGGAUAAAGUAUUGUCAGUAAAUGCUGAAGAUUUUGAUUGUACAGUUCAAGCUGGUGUCACUCGAAAUGCAUUGAAUACAUAUAUUCGUGAUACUGGUCUUCAAUUUCCAAUAGAUCCUGGUGCAAAUGCAUCUCUUGGUGGUAUGUGUGCAACAAGUGCAUCAGGAACAAUGGCUGUUCGAUAUGGUACAAUGCGUGAAAAUGUUAUGAAUUUAGAAGUUGUUUUAGCCGAUGGUAGUAUUAUCAAAACAGCAGGACUCAAAGGACGAAGUCGAAAAACAUCAUCAGGUUAUAAUUUAACUAAUUUAUUUGUUGGUCAAGAAGGUACAUUGGGUAUUAUUACUGAAGCAACACUUAAAUUACAUGCAAUACCUGAAGCAGUUCUUGCUGCUGUUGCUCCAUUCAAAGAUUUACGAGCUGCCGUAAAUGCCACAGUUGCUAUUAUGCAAAGUGGUUUACCUGUUGCACGAAUAGAAUUUCUUGAUGAGAACAUGGUUGAUGCUUGUAAUCGUUUUUCAAAACUGAAUCUUGAUGUAGCACCAACAUUAUUUCUUGAAUUUCAUGGUAGUAAUAGUAAUAUUGAAGCUCAAGGACGAAUAGCAGAAGAAACAUGUAAAUCAUUUGAAUGUCUUAAAUUUACUUUUGCAACUGAGACGGAUAGACGAAAUGAAUUAUGGAAAGCAAGACACAAUGUAUGGUACGCUGCACAUGCUCUCAGACCAGGUUCAAAAGGUUAUAGUACGGAUGUUUGUGUUCCGAUUAGUGCUUUGCCUGAUAUGAUUCAGUUUGCAGACAACGAAGUAAAACGAUUACAAUUAUUAGGAUUGACUAUAGGUCAUGUUGGUGAUGGAAAUUUUCAUGUAAUUUUAAUUGUCGAUCCAAAUGAUUUCGAAGAAAUUAAACGCGUUCAUGACUUUGCUACUAUUUUAGCCAAAGAAGCAUUACGUAUGAAUGGUACUAUCACUGGUGAGCAUGGUAUUGGUGUAGGAAAAAAACAAUUACUUAUCGAUGAAUUUGGAUUACAUGGAAUUAAUACUAUGAAAAUCAUCAAAAAAGCACUUGAUCCAUUAAAUAUUCUUAACCCUGGCAAGAUUAUAGAUAUAGAAAAAGGUUUCUAA